AUGCGGAGUCGCAUACGAACGAUAAUGAAUGGGGAGGGACUUUAUGGACGACCUUUUCACAUACACGAGAAGAGCCGUACACGAGGAGAGAGGAGAGACGAAACUCUCGUACGAUCGACGCAAAGGAAAAUAGCAGACUCCCUCCAACCUCGACAGAGAAUUUUGCCUUGGUUGGCGUUGAACGAAGUAUUUAUGGGAGAAUUUUUGGCAGCAAGGCCGAUAUCGUUUCACGUGCAGGUCGAAGAACAGGAAACAUUCUUCAUUCGUUGCACGGGUAUAUGCGUUUGCACAGGCUCUGGAUCACGAUCGUGGUACAAAUCUAUGAACAGUCAAUCCGGCGAAACUGUUCGAAGCAUCGUCGAGAUAGCCACAGGGAAGAAAUUAAGCCCGGAGGAAACCAACGAAUUACUCUACAAAUACCAUCGAGCUCUUCUCUACCCGCCAGAAGGGUUGCAAAUGACGUACGCGAUCCGAGAGAUGUACCAUACAACGCGUUGCACCAAGUACAAGUGUUGCCCUGACAGACAAAGGUGCUUCAAGCUUACUGUGAAAUCCCGCGGAUUCGACGCUGGUUUGGUAAUAGACGGAAGCAUUUCUUUACCCUUUAACGACGGCACUACUGCCUCCUUUGAAAUCAAGCCGGAGUAUUCUUUGAGAAAUAUCGUUCUGUCUUAA